AGCAGAAAUCAAGCCUUUCUGUCAACGAAUCAUCUAUCAUGGACCCACUCACUUCCGUCAUUGAAGCUCUGAAGCAUGAUAAGAUAAUACCAGAUGUCGUCCCCGAGACAUUCAAUCCUUCAUUGUUGUUCUCUAUCGGGUAUCCGAGUGGGAAGGAGGUCCUUCUCGGAAACGAAUUCACUGUGGAUGAGACUCAGGAUGAACCAUCGAUCAACUUCACACCUCUGAACAUGCCGACAGAACAGGCAGACUCGCAGGAGGAGGUCUCGUAUACGUUGGCUAUGGUGGAUCCAGAUGCGCCUUCGAGAGCCGAACCGCUCUACAAAUCGUUCAGGCAUUGGUUGAUCACAGGAUUGAAGUCACCGAGAGAUAGCGCCAGCACGACGUCUGACUUGAACGCUCUGGAAAGCAAGCCGGCAACAACACCCUACCGGCCACCAGGACCACGACCAGGUUCCGGUUUGCAUCGUUAUGUUUUCCUGUUGUUCCAAGAGCCGGGAUCAACGGCGUUCACUGUCCCUGCAGGGUCCCCUGAGUAUGGUGCCGCAUUGGAGGAAAGGAGAAGUUGGGACGCAGUGAAGUUUGCAGAAAGGUAUGGCCUAAAGCUCGUUGGAGCGAAUUUCAUGUUGAUACGAUCGCCGAGUGAAAGUAAGUAGAAAGCUUGGUAUAUCAAGCUGCAUCCUGUAGUACAUGCUGGCGGAGACUUGGAAAAUCGAAUGGAUAGUUACGCAAUCGGAGAUAUAAAAUUCUGUCGGAGUUUACUGUAUGAUCUUCUUUGCCUUCGACGUUAAUCUGCUCUAUCUUGAAGUCACCAUCUUUCUUUCUCUCC